AUGCCGUCUUUCGUCAACAUUGCCGCAGCAUUGACAGCCUCUUUAUCACCCAAUGCUCAGGGAGUCCUCAAUGAGUCAAUGAGCUGGAUGGAUGAUUACUACGAUCCUGCUGCUGGUUAUCUUUACAGUCUUGAUGCUGCGGCCGCUCUUCGACACGACACUCGGAGUUCAGCCUGGUAUGCCAUCGGUCUGUUGGCGAGAAAUCAAGGCGACGAUGUCAAGAGUGCUGAGACGAUAUUGAUGAAUAUCGUCGACGGCCAGUAUAAAGACCCAGCAGAGCAAUGGUUUGGAGAUUAUCAGAAGGAGCCCGAAGAACCGUAUGUGGGCAUUGAAGCUUAUCCAGCUGAUAUAUACGACUCAUGGGACCCCAACUGGCGUGGCUUCGUUGGCACGACCUUCAUUAUUGGUCUCGAAGAGUUUCCUCAUCUUCUAAGCGAGAGUGUAACCAACCUCCUUCUUGAGUCUCUGCACAACUCAACCGUGGGUGAUUCAUAUCGUGUGGGUGGAGUUGACGACGACAACCUCUACCCGGCAUAUAGCAAUCCUUCAAUCAUGCGUGCUUUCGUGUCGGGUUGGACUGGCCGUCGUCUCAACGACGCCAACUUCACCAUGGCUGGCGAACAUUACGCUCAAGAGAUUGUGGAUCUCUUUACUCGUGCCGAUACUUUGUCCGAGUUCAACUCUGGUACUUAUACUGGCGUCUCUCUCUUCGGACUCACGCUGUGGGCCAAAUAUCUUCCCGAGGACUCUAUCAUGUCACACUAUGGCGAACGAAUGAUCAAGGCUACAUGGGAAGCUGUUGGUCAGCUCUGGCAUCCUGAUUUAAAGAACAUGGCCGGUCCCUGGGAUCGAUCAUAUGGCUUCGACAUGAAUCAAUACUUCAGUCUCAUGGCUCUGUGGUUCUGGAUCAUCAUGGGCAAGGAAAAGUCGUCCUUGAUUCCUCGUCCUCAGGUCAUGUCGCACAGCGCUGACUUUGCGUAUGGGCCACUUUUCGCCAUUCUCGGCGAGUUUCAAUCCUCGCUGAUUCCUGGAGAUGUCUUGAAUGCUUUGACCGAAUUUAGAGGCGAGCACACCUUUAAGUCUUCAACUUUCUCACCACCUUUUGACACCUAUCCACGUAACAUUACUACUUGGAUGGCUUCCAACAUCAGCAUCGGUGCUGAGACCUUUGAUGAAAAUGUCAUUGGUGGGCCCGCGAUCAACCCAAGCACGUUUAAUCCUGCUGUUAUCCAGUGGAACACUGGUGCUGGUGUUGGAUAUAUCACUCUCCAUGCAAGCGAAAACGCAACAACAACUGCUGUAUCGCCUAGCCGACUUGAACUGUCCUAUCCCUACGGCAACAGCUCCUCAAUCUUCAGCUUCCUUGUCUCAACCUUCGCCAACAAGCGAAAUGUCAAAACCUGGGCGGACAUCCAGGGUGCAAAUGUCAAUGUGACCACGAAUGCGAAUGCGUCGUACAGCGUCACGUUCGCAGGUGCAUACGGUGGUCAAGAUGAAGUUAUCAAUGACUUUGAAUACUGGAACUUCACUUACUCUAUGCCUGUCAGCUUCACUGGAGUGCCGAUGAUUUCGUUGGAUGUUGAACUUUGGUAGAUAUCGCGUCAUUUGUGGCCAUCUGCCGGAAGCAGAUAUCAUGUUUUCGGUACACUCACUGGGUGAUACUGUACUCUGAGCAAGCAGUUAUGUCGUGACCGAGCCUAUCGAAAUGCACAGUGAUUUCCAAAUGCUAAUCAGGUUUAUCGGGAGCUGAUCAAAUCACUGCUCCCCGCGAUGGUCAUCAUGAAUACGAAAAGUAUGGUGCAUUU